AUGACCAUGUAUCAUCGACACUCGAACGAAAACAUCAGACAGUCUCGUCCAUUCGACUACGAUCGCUCUGCAAUUAACCCGGCCUUCCAGGACAGACUGCCACUCAGACCAGACGAACGACACCACCACCACCAUCAUCAGCAUCCAGCAGCAGCAGCAGUAGCCAGCGCACACCCACAGUACCACCAACACCAUCAUAGCCAAACACACCCGCAUCAGCCGUUCGAACAACGAAGACAUCCGUCCUCCUAUCACCAUCAUCACCAGAGUAGCACAAGGACGGUCAGCAGCACAGCCGAUAAUCGAUUUCAUUCACCAGCCAUCGAGAGAUUCCCUCGCUCAUCCCAGCCUACUAGCGCACCCACUUCCCGUACAAUAGACCGUCGAAUCGAUUACUCAGAGAGAACCAUCCAAGCAAGACAGUCGACCGCCAGCCAAAUCCCUAACUCAAGCUUUGAAGACUCGAGAAGGACCUAUGAUGACUCGAGGAAUAGCAGCAGCAAUAAGAAUCACAGCAAGGCUUACGAAGACCACCCUAGAGAGGCUCAUCUGACGACGACCAGCAACCAUAAUACCAGCAGCACUACCCCCAGCAUCUCGACCAACGCCCAUAAUAUCCAUCGCAGAUCAGACGAAUUUACUUCAACCCGUUCGGCUCGUUAUAAACCAUAUCCACCUUCUGCUUCUCGGGCCGAGUCUCACUUAUCGCAAUCUGUCGGUCGUAUAUCCCACGGGGCUAGUGGCCAUGCUGCUUAUCAUCCAUCCUCCAGCGGCCCUCCAGCCUAUGAUGAGCGUACACCAGCCUCUCGCAGUCACGAGCACGCCCCACAGAGAACAUACGACCCCAACAGUCAAUUCAACCAUGGUCCUCCAAAGGAUAAGUCCCCUCCAUCUCAAUCGGUCAUCUUCAUGGGUCUGCCAAUUCACACCGAUGAGACCAACCUCAGGGCCUUCCUUGAAGAGUCUGGCGCAGGGGUGGAUAGCGUGACAAUUAUCUAUGAUCGGAUCACCGGCCAGAGUAAACGCUAUGGGUUUGCUCGCUUCCUCAGUGUUGAACAUGCCCGGGCGUUCGUCGAACCUGCCUUUCCGAUGGUUGUGUGGAAAGAGCCCAGUAGCUCGAGAUUUGAUCGAUCCGGUGACGGUUUGAAGGUUAAGAUUGAUUACAGCCAGAAGGAGAAAGUCCCGUUUGAGGUCAGACAGCGCGAGCGUGAAACCGCCCCACGUAGCACCCCAGCCACACCCUUUAUCAGCGAAAUACCCAACCAAUCGACAUAUUCCUAUAAAUCAUCCUCCGAGUCCUCCCUAUCAACUGUCAUCAACGACGGCGCUAGAGAUAUCGGCGGCACACCAACCUCGAUUCUGUUACUUAGGGGUCUCGACCCGCUUUCUACCGAACAGGAAAUCGCUCAGCAUUUACAACACAUCCCCGACCCUUCGCAGACCGUCCUACCCGAGUCGAUUCGGAAAGUUAUGCUCAUCAAGGAUCGGGUCACCCGCUCCAGUUGGGGUUAUGCAUUUGUUCAAUUUGCCGAAGUUCAGGUCGCCGUUAAGGCUCUAUCAUUGUUGCUCAAUACUAGCCUUUUCCCCCGAGGUUUCCAGAUCAGAUCACGCACGAUCACAGUCACCUUUGCGCACGAGCACUCGUUCCAUCCAAUCUACACACCCUCAGAUUGGUCGUUCAGAGGAGCCAGUGGCCAAGAAUUGGCAUAUUGGGAUGACAAAGCUUACGCAGCUCUUUACAUCUCACCAAUAGCAGAACCCGACCGUGCUUCAUCGACUAGCAGCAAGACGAAGGCUUCAGCACAGUCCAAGCAAUCAGAAGGUCCGAGCAAUGGAACACAUGAAGAAACUGAUUUGGAUGAAUUGUUCUCAUCGAUUGAUCAUGACCGGGAAAGAAAUUCAACCAAGGAAGAAAUCCCGACUGACCAAGAAAAUCCAUCCAACAAUCAAACCAAGUCUCAUACUUUGAACAUCCGAGAAGCUAAUGCAGGUAACAGACUGACAAUCGAAUCGCAAACCUCUGAAGAACGAAAGAGCGAAAACCACAAGGCAGAAUUGAAUACUCAAGUAGAUCACACCAACCCUGGAGAAGGAGGCUCGCAACAAUUUGAGAACACGAAUUCUAAGCCAAAGGGCACUGAAAACAAGACUGAGAAGAAAAAGAACGGCGCUGAACCUAUAGCAACUAAGAAGAUGGUCGCGAACAUUCAAAAGUGGCAAAGCAAACAUGAAGAGAUUGCUUCUGCUGGAACUGCAGACGAACAGAAGUCUAAUCUUACCGCAGCUGCUGAACAAUCUGUCGUUGACGAAGAUGACUUUAGUGAUUUCACUCGCUUGACGUGUGUGUUAUGCCAAAGACAAUUCAAAUCUUCAGAGGACCUACAAAGGCACAAUAAUCUAUCCAAUCUCCACAAGACUAACUUGCAAAACGACAAACUGAAGAAGGCCGCCCGAGCGAAGAAGGCAGUCAAUCUAGCCAAGAAGUCGACCAACUCAGGAACCACCGCUACCGCCCCGAACGCCGCCGCAACAGCAGCGACGGCGGAGGGCAGUGCCCCCAAGUACACCGAUCGGGCUGCAGCGAGGAGAGAAGCCUACGGGCAGCCGGAUGCACCCAACGCCGAUAAACACGAGGCCAAGAAGGCCAGGUAUGAGCCCGCGCCUGCUCCCGCCGUGCCCACCGCUCAGCCGGACAAAGACGGCAUCCAAGCCACCAAUGUCGGCAGUAAGAUGUUGGAGAAAAUGGGCUGGCAGAAGGGCGAAGGAUUGGGUAAUGGGAACGGCAGAGUCGACCCCGUCCAAGCGGCACAGUACUCGAAAGGCGUCGGCCUUGGAGCCUCAUCCAGUGUUCCGGUAGGUCAAUAUGAGGACUCUAAGAAAGGAUUCUUAGAUCAAGUCAAAGACAAAACAGUCCAACGCUUCAAUAAUGAUUCUAGCAACACUAGCAGCAACUAA